AUGUUGACUCGUGCUGCCCGUCGCAGGAAUGUCUUCCAUCAUCUACGCCUGUCAACUGAGCAAUUGCCUGUGCCAUGGCUCUGCCCGGCUAAUGUUCGACUCCAUACACAACUAAACCGACCCGAAAAUGCCCCUGGUUCUUCAUCCUCUACACCGUCGACGUUGCGCCGCCGCCGGUCCUUCUCUCAACCUGUCCGACAUCUCGCAACGACCGCUGAAGAAUCGUCACUUUUAAAUUUAAAUCAUGACACAACUCAUAUUUCCUUUGAGAGUAUGGGAUAUCCGAGUGCGACUUCUCAGGGUUAUGGUGAAACAUGGACACUACCGCCUCUCUAUAACGAACCUGCCAUCGUGAUACAGGAAAGCCAGUUGACCACGGAACCUUCGUUGAAAAGGUCACGCGGUGUUGGAGGUACCGUUAGCAAUAUGCUGGCUAGGUUUACAGUUGCUCUCAAGACUCGAGACGUUGAAAAUGCGGCGCGCGUGCUCGACCGCAUGGCGCAGUUUUAUGAUCCAAAAGAUCCCGUGUUCUUGGAUCUACACAACCGAUAUCUCGAGCUGGUAGUGACCGACAUGAUUGCGAAUCAGAGUAGGGAAGAAGCCCUGCAGAAAGCAGCGAGUGUGCAGGUGUGGUUUGAGGUCAAACUGCCUCAGGGAAAUCUAAAGCCUAAUGCCAGGACCAUGGCCGUUAUGUUGCGAAUGGCCCUUCGAAUCUUUCAUGGUUCAAAGCGCGAACGCCUUGUGAGAAGAUAUUGGAAUAUGGUCCAGCAGAAUUCUUUUGAGGAUGAAAUCAUGUAUAUGAAUGAUCUUCUCACGGAACGGGAUCUAGGUGAAAUCUCACAGAUCUGUCCCACGGGGAUACCAAAUUUCGAGACAAAACCCGAGGAGACCGAAGAGACUCCCGCCCCCGUCGAUGAUGUUCAGGUACUUGAGACCCAGCAAAAGGGACUUGGUCUUUCGUCACUAAAGAAAACAUUGUCGUUAUUUCCUAAAACUGAUAAAAUCAUUGAUUCGGACGAUUUGGACUCAGAAGAAUCUAAAGAGCGGCGACGCACACGGCAGCUGGAAUUGGAGAAGAAAGCUGUGGAUACUGCCAAGGAGCGUUGGCAAAGAGAAAUGGCCGCCAUGAGAGCUGCCGGCGUCGACACUUCUGGUGGUGGCAAAACGAUGAGUGAUCUUCUGGAACAGUGGUUUAACGAUUUAGUUGUCAAAAUCAAAGAAGAGAUAGCCCUUGUGCCAUCUGCAAAGAGUCGUACCCGCGGCGGCCUUGAGAAUUCAGAAAGAGCUGACUAUGGGAUCUUCUUGCGUGCUUUGCCGCCUGAUACGCUGGCCGCUGUCACGGUGAUGCACAUGAUUCAUCUGUUUGCUCGGGCUGGUGUUGAGAAAGGUAUUAGGGUCCCAGCGGUGGUGACAUCUCUCGGGCAGGAAGUUCAAAACGAAGUGGUCGCCCAGGCAAUGCUUGCUCGAGUCGAAGACGAUCUCCGUCGCCAAAAGUUGAUUAAGAAGGUGAUGGAAACCCGCAACAAAAAAGAAGGUCGUAUGCAGUUCAAGAACCUUGUGAAACAGAACGAACAUCUGGAUCCCAAUUGCGCUUGGCCAGUCGAGAUUCAUGCUAGGGUAGGGGGUGUGUUGCUGUCUCUCUUGUUUGACUGUGCGAAAGCACCUGUGCCCCAAGAAGAUCCAAAUACCAAGGAACGCGUCAUCAUCAUGGAGCCCGCCUUUCAACAUUCAUACGAAAUUUCCCGAGGAAGAAAGUUCGGUGUCAUACAUGCUCAUCCUCAAGUCAGCCGGAGACUUAUUCGCGAGGCACCUAGUGCCAUUCAAGCUCGUCACAUGCCGAUGUUAUCCGAACCCAAGCAGUGGUCUCAGUUCGAUGAAGGUGGUUUCCUGGGCUACCGCAGCCAUAUGAUGCGCUGCACACCUGGCGACACCCUUCAGAAGACUUACAUGAAGAAAGCCCUUGAAGAUGGCGGCCUCCCAGAAGUUCGCGCUGGCUUGGACAUUCUGGGGAAAACAGCAUGGACCAUCAACAACGACGUGUUUGAUGUCAUGCUAGAAGCGUGGAACUCUGGCAAGGGUUAUGCCAAAAUCCCUCCACUCGACCCAGAGAUCCCAAUGCCAGUCAAACCCGAAGAAGGCGACGCAGAGGGCCUCAAAUUGUACAACCACAAGCUCCGUGAAGUGGAAAACCUUCGAUCCGGUCUCCAUUCGCAGAGAUGUUUCAUCAACUUUCAAAUGGAGAUUGCUCGCGCAUACAAGAAUGAGACAUUUUACCUCCCUCACAAUAUGGAUUUCCGUGGUCGCGCUUACCCACUUCCGGCGUAUCUGAAUCAGAUGUCCGCAGAUAAUGCCCGUUCUUUGCUUCUAUUCAAAAAGGCUAAGAGGCUAGGCGCAACUGGUUUAAGAUGGCUGAAGAUCCAUCUUUCCAACGUCUAUGGAUAUGACAAGGCAAGUUUGAAGGAAAGAGAAGAAUUCGCCAUGGAGCAUCUGGACGACAUUCUUGAUUCGGCUAAUAAGGGCCUGCAUGGUCGGAGAUGGUUCUUGGAAGCGGAGGAUCCAUGGCAGUGUCUUGCAGCUUGCUGCGAAUUACGAAAUGCGCUUCAAUUGGAAAACCCUGAAGAUUACAUGUCCCGAUUGCCCAUUCACCAGGAUGGCUCGUGUAACGGUCUUCAGCACUAUGCGGCGUUGGGAGGAGAUAUGGAAGGUGCUCAACAUGUCAAUCUAGAACCUGGUGACCGGCCCAAGGAUAUUUACACCGGUGUCGCCGACUUUGUCACUGAGAAGGUCGAUCGGGAUGCUGCAGCCGGAAAUGAAAUCGCCAAACUUCUUCAGGGCAAAAUCAAGCGAAAGAUCGUCAAGCAGACUGUUAUGACUAACGUGUACGGUGUCACCUUCGUUGGUGCGAUCCGUCAGGUUCGGCGACAGCUUGCUGCACACUACCCAGGGCUUGAAUCAGUUUCGGGUAUCAGCAAGUACGUUGCAGCAGCUAUUUUCGAAGCACUAAGCACCAUCUUCAGUGGCGCCCAUUCGAUUCAAUACUGGCUGGGUGACUGUGUCACUAGAAUUAGUCAAGCCGUAUCCCCGGAUCAACUCGACGUUCUCACUAAGAAGGCAUUAAAAGACAAUUCUUCACGUGGUAAGAGCAAAAAGGAUAGCGAUAUGGAUCCUCUCAAAAUGUUUAGAUCCACUAUUAUCUGGACUACACCGUUGGGUCUCCCUGUGGUUCAGCCUUACCGAGCGUCGAAAUGUCGUCGUGUUUACACCACGCUGCAGAGUUUGCAACUUCUUAGGGAUACAACAUCGGAAAAUGUCUCUAAGCGCAAGCAACUGCAGGCUUUUCCUCCGAACUUCAUUCACUCACUGGACGCCACCCAUAUGAUGCUUUCUGCUAUUGAUUGCCACCGCAAGGGACUCGUAUUCUCUGCUGUCCAUGAUUCUUUCUGGACACAUGCAUGCGAUAUCGACACGAUGAACAUUGCUUUGCGUGACUGUUUCAUUCGGAUGCAUACGGAUGAUAUUAUCGGAAGACUGGCGGCCGAGUUCCGUGCGCGCUAUGAUGGCUAUAUCUUCUUGGCUAAGAUCCCAGAGAGCUCCCGCAUUGCUAAAGAAAUAUCUUCCUAUCGCAAGGCAAACCACACCAAGAAUUCACAGACGGCAGAGCUGUUGUUGGAGCAUCAACGACAGACUCUCCUCCGAUCGGAUGAUCCAGUGUUGCAAGAGAAAGGCCGUGCCAUGAAAACAGCAGCGAGCAUUUUCGAAAACAUGAAUGGCACUCACAAUGAUUUGGCGGUAGCCUCUACCCUAGGUGAAACUGGAGUGGGUAAUAUCAGCAUCGACCAGCGACAGCACACUUCCUUUAGCCCUUCAAUUAUUGACCAGAAGGACCCCGCUGUGGUCAGCUUGUUCACCGAUCUUGACCCGCACGUGAACCCUGAAGCCGACGGUGAGCAGACGACCGAGGAAGAAAGGAUGCUUGCUGAGCCGGAGGCUCAAGAAGUAGAGGAAGACGGUGAAAACGAGAAGCCUCGUCGGCAAGCCAAGCCGAAGAUGAUAUGGGCGUGGCUGCCACUUGAGUUCCGUGAUAUUCCCAAGAAGGGAGAAUUCGACGUCAAGCGAUUGAAGGACAGCCAGUAUUUCUUCAGCUGA